CACAUGCGGAAGAGCACUCUACACGGAAAAGGGGGGCUUCGGAAGCGGACUCGAGGAAGGAAAUCGUAGCGCGUUUGAAUCCGGCGGAAGAGAGCGCUUGCGCGCGCGAAAAAGAAGCUAUUGUCAGGGUGUAGUGGGGGGAGAGAGACUUACCACCGUCGACAUCCGUCGGCUGGGUGACAGUGCGCACAAGCCGAGAGUUCACGUCGGUCACCAAACGAAACGAUCCGCUUCAGUUGAUUCCAGUUCACCUUUUUUGAGGCUUUUGACGUCCGUCGUCUGAAGUGUACACAUUGUUUUGUGUGUCUUUCUCUUUUCUUGUUCGGUGGCCAAACUUUUUCUUGGUAAUUUUCACGUGUGUAUGUGUGUGUGUGUGUGUGUGUCUUUGCUCCCGCCCCUCAACCUGUCUCGUUCACUUUGAAGGUCUUUGGUUGUUAUGGACAAAUGAAAGCCAUAAGACAUUGGCCGUGAUGAAACACGACUGGAAUGUUGUGAAGACAGCUGGAUCGUUUUAUUAUUGACACAAGAAAAGACGACAAAGUUUGAUCGUUUCCCAGCAGCGGAAACUGUUGAGUUUUGUAAACAACAAAAAAUAAAGAAGAAAAAAAAAUUAAAUAAAAAUGGGCUCAGAUCAGAGUUGGUUAUUUGCCCGUUGGAUUUUUGUGGUGGUCAUAGUAGCGACUCCAAAGACGGUUGAAACUUUUUGCCCAUCCAUGUGCCAAUGCGACGACAGCCUACUAGAGGCCAGCUGUUCUGGUUCGAGACUCGAUUCUGUGCCCAUCUUGUUGAACCCUUCGUUGCGCUCGUUACACUUGGCCCACAACCGCAUCGCUUCUCUGAGACAAUCUGUCAGUUUUUACGGCGAAUUGCGCCGUUUGGAUCUCAGCCACAAUGUUCUCCAUUCGUUGGGUUUGCUCCAUUUCCAGCCGCUUGGCCAGCUCGAAUGUCUCAACGUUUCCAAUAAUUUGGUCUCCUCCUUGGAAAUGGAAUCGUUUGCCGGGCUCGCAUCGCUCACCGUCCUGGACCUCAGCGCCAAUCGGCUGACUCGGCUGACGGACGACCUCUUUGCCGAACUACCCUCGCUUGUCACGCUCAUCCUCAGUGGCAAUAAAAUCCAAACGGUGGCCAGCGGAGCGUUCGAAUCGCUCCGCAAACUUCACACACUGCGCCUCGAAGACAAUAAUUUGGGUCAUGUCCCUACGGCCGCUCUAGUCCCACUGGCCGCUGGCUUGCGAUCGUUGCAUCUCGGCAAAAAUUUGAUUGAGACGUUGGAAGACGGAGCUUUCCGUCAUCUUGCCCGUUUACGGCUGUUGGCCCUUAACGACAACGCCAUCGACCGCGUCGAUCCUUUGGCCUUUGACUCGCUCGUUUCGCUCGAUGCGCUGGAUCUCAGUUUCAAUCGAUUAGAUGGACCCAUUGAGGCUUUUACGACCGUUUCGCCGUUGACCCAUCUGGAUUUGUCUGGUAAUAUGUGGCGCCAAUUGCCGGCCAACUUCUUGUCCGGCCUGCCGCGUCUCCAGACGCUCAACAUUUCUUAUAUGGAAUACUUGCGGUCGGUUAAUCCGGCCGUUUUUCACAUGACGCGGCCCGCCAUCACCAAUGGAUCUAUCGUUACGAUGUCGACCUCACCUAAAGUCUUGCCCAUCGUCAAUCUGGUCAUGACCAAUAACGCUCUGUGGAAUCAUCUACCUACGGGCCUUUUCCACGGGCUGGACGCCCAUCUCGUCCGUUUGGAUUUGAGUGGCAACGCGUUCGAGGCGCUAGAACUGGGCCAGCAGCACUCUGACUGGCCGCAGCUGAGGUAUCUCAACGUGGCCUACAACCCGCUGGAAUGCAAUUGUUCCCUGCUUUGGUUGUGGAACAUGCUCCAUCAUCGCAAUCAUUCGCCUACUAUCGUGGUAGUUAACGUGACGUGUAGUGGUCCACCUCCUUUCAGUGGACUGCCAUUGUCCAGCCUGGAACAAUCGGACUUGAUGUGUUCCCUAGCGCUGCCCGUUUCCAUUAUUAUCCUGUUGGUGAUGUCGUGGAUCGUUCUAACGGCCGGCCUGAUUGUCCUCGUCAUCUACUGGCGGAGACGACAAAAUCUGAGAAGAGAAAGUCGAUUGAUGAUUAUUAAAUCGAACCACCAUCAUUAUCAUCAUCGCGAUCAUGCGUUCCAGCACCAUAAUGGCACCAGUCCCAUUUUAGGAGGCGUCGACGGUGUUAAACAGCAACAAUAUGGGGUGGAUAGCAAUUGUAGUCCAGCAUUGUCGGGCCAUCAUCACGUCGGGGCGACUAUACCGCAUUAUUACCACCACAAUCAUCAUCUUCAACAAGCCCAAUUGGCCGCUACGACUAGAGACGAGUACACGUAUCAUUGCGCUGGAACGAUCAAACGCAUUCCCGUGACUGUCGUCUAAUUAAAUUCGAUUUUUUUUUCCUCUUUCCUUUUGUUUUUUAUUGAAAAAUAAAAUACUAGUGACUUUACACUAGACUAUCACUUUAAAUUGCCGAUGCAAAUUUGUUUUUUGGGGGUUUUUUUUCCCGGAAGAGAACCACUCCCUCCAAUGUAAAUGAUGUUGUGGAUCGGGGUGGGGUCCGAUCGAUUAGUUUUCUCUCUGGCAAUAUGUAUAGUGGGGUAGGUGACCUUUGCGGAAUUGAAUAGUUGACAGCGAUCUUUUGUUCAUGAGUCAAGAGUCGUAAUUCGUUCGAUUGACGUACUAAAAUGCGGCCAUUGUAAAACAAUAACAAUAAUAAUGUACAGACCGUUUUUUUUUAUCCGAGGAAUUUUUCAGCGAUAUUCUUGAAGAGAGGUUAAAGUUUGGGUUUCUUUAGUCGACUUGUAUUUGUCUUUGUCAGAAACCAGUACCCAAACAGUGAUACCGCGUACAGUUUUUUUAUUAUUUAUUUUUCUUUUCAUUUUGAAUAAUGAAUAAGGACCGUGUCUCUUGAUUUUGUAAUGACCCUUCGUCGAUGUCUCUGUAAAUAAAUAUCAAAAUAAAAUAUCGAUUACCUUA